GUAAACCAGUCCAUAGUAUCAAACUCCAAAAAAAAAAAGUUACUUUUAAUUUCAAAUAUUUACAUAAAAUUUUGCAUGCACUACUCUGUUCUUAUAUAAUCUUCGUCUUCUUCUUCUCUGCUUGAGUCAACAAGAAAUAAACAGAGCUAAAAUGUUUCCUCUAAUCUCCUUUUCUCCAACUUCUCUUGAUUUCACCUUCUUCGCCAUUAUCAUCUCAGGUUUCGUUUUCAUCAUCACUCGAUGGAAUUCCAAUUCAAAGAAACGUUUAAACCUUCCUCCAGGUCCGCCAGGUUGGCCGGUGGUCGGAAACUUAUUCCAGUUCGCGCGCUCAGGUAAACCGUUUUUCGAAUACGCAGAGGAUCUCAAGAAAACGUAUGGCCCGAUUUUUACACUGAGAAUGGGGACUCGAACAAUGAUCAUCCUCUCCGACGCAACUCUAGUCCACGAAGCUUUGAUCCAACGCGGAGCUCUCUUCGCUUCACGACCCGCCGAGAAUCCGACCCGAACAAUCUUCAGCUGCAACAAAUUCACCGUCAACGCCGCUAAAUACGGUCCAGUGUGGCGAUCUCUGAGAAGAAACAUGGUUCAGAACAUGCUUAGCUCAACACGUCUCAAGGAAUUCGGGAAACUGAGACAAUCCGCCAUGGAUAAACUCAUCGAGAGGAUCAAAUCGGAAGCUAGAGACAACGACGGGCUAAUCUGGGUUCUUAAAAACGCAAGAUUCGCUGCGUUUUGUAUUCUCUUGGAAAUGUGUUUCGGAAUCGAGAUGGAUGAAGAGACAAUCGAGAAGAUGGAUGAGAUUUUGAAGACGGUGUUAAUGACUGUUGAUCCACGAAUCGACGAUUAUCUUCCGAUUCUUGCUCCGUUCUUCUCUAAAGAGAGGAAACGAGCUCUCGAAGUUCGCCGUGAACAAGUCGAUUACGUCGUCGGAGUUAUCGAGAGACGACGGAGAGCGAUUCAGAAUCCAGGAUCUGAUAAAACGGCGUCGUCUUUUUCAUACUUAGAUACACUCUUUGAUUUAAAAAUCGAAGGUCGUAAAACGACGCCGUCUAACGAAGAGCUCGUGACGCUCUGCUCUGAGUUUCUUAACGGUGGUACGGAUACGACGGGGACGGCGAUCGAGUGGGGGAUAGCGCAGCUGAUUGCGAAUCCUGAGAUUCAAUCUCGGCUCUACGAUGAGAUUAAAUCAACGGUGGGAGAUGAUCGUAGGGUCGAUGAGAAAGAUGUGGACAAAAUGGUCUUUUUACAAGCUUUUGUUAAGGAGCUUCUCCGGAAACAUCCGCCGACUUAUUUUUCUCUGACGCAUGCCGUUAUGGAGACGACGACGCUUGCUGGUUACGAUAUUCCCGCCGGCGUUAACGUCGAGGUUUAUCUUCCGGGUAUUAGUGAGGAUCCGAGAAUUUGGAAUAACCCGAAAAAGUUUGAUCCGGACCGGUUUAUGUUGGGUAAGGAAGAUGCUGACAUAACCGGGAUUAGUGGAGUAAAAAUGAUUCCGUUUGGUGUGGGCCGUAGGAUCUGUCCAGGACUUGCAAUGGCAACCAUACACGUCCAUUUGAUGCUUGCGCGGAUGGUUCAGGAGUUCGAGUGGUGUGCUCAUCCACCAGGAAGUGAGAUUGAUUUCGCCGGAAAAUUGGAGUUUACGGUGGUGAUGAAGAAUCCGUUGAGAGCUAUGGUCAAACCAAGGAUUUAGUCUUUUAUUGUUUUUUUGUUAAGAAUAUUGAGAUUAUUGUAAGGUGUGUUUGCUUAUAAACAUUAAAGUACCCAAAUCUACAC